CGCAGCUUUGGUCACGGCACAAUGCAAAGCCCGCAUUACCUCAAGCAAACACGUAAUUAUUCACCCAGCCCUGUGGACGACACCCGCGACUCAUUUAAGACAGUCCCCACCCUCCCGUCUCGUUCCCAUUUCGCUAUGCGAGAUAUCACAGAUUGAAACAGGACGACAUGGAACACGACUCAAGUCCCGAAGCACCCAUGAUCUUCGUGGCUAGUGAGAUCCCCGGUUUGGAUGCCAACGAUGGUGCUGGCAAGGGCCGUAAGAAGCGCCGGCACCAGAAAAGUCGACUGGGCUGUAUCGCUUGCAAGCAACGGAGAGUCAAGAUUCGAUGGCUCAAGUGCGAUGAGUGCUUUCCGUGCUCCAAUUGUGCAAGGAGAAAGGAGAAAUGCGUGCAUCUGAAAACAGCCUACGCCGGGGACCCAGCUAUUCGGACCCGUCCCAACCCUUCCAAUCCCAGCUUGGACCCCGGAACUGAGGACGACACGCAGAUUAACCUUCUCCAUAUGGAGCUGUUCCAUCACUUUCAGACCGAACUUAAAGAUACCCUUUCGUUCCCCCAGGUCUGGCCGCUGCUACUUCGACAAGCGUUCCACGAACCGUAUAUCAUGUGUACAAUCCUCAGCCUGGCUGCAACACAUUUGUCCAUACUGCGGCCGGGAACACAUCGCUACUCACGCGCUGCUCUCCGCCUUCUCGCCAAGUCCGCCCAGCUCUUCCGCGAAAACCUCUCGCGGCCCAUAACACCGGAAAACUGCGACGCGCUAAUGGGCACGGCCAUCUUGAUGCAUUACCUGUCUUGGUGCAACCUCGGUUUUCUCGAAGACCAGCGCUCUGGCCUGCAUGGCCUGGAUCUCUCUCAGGACCAGCUCUUCCUGCUCAGCCCAGGGGUCCAGCACAUCUUCUUCGAGGCCCUGCCCCUUUUCCUCAGCGCCCGGAGCGUGUUUGUGUCGGUCGCCCUCUAUCGGCCUAGAGUGCGGAUGGAGGAUGCGGUUCGGCAAAGGGGAGGGAAUCCUGACGAGCUUGUGUCGCUCUUUAUGCGUCUGUGGGACGACCCUCGUUACGGGAGCGAGGAGGCGGACGACGAAGCAGCCGACUCCUCGGGAAUCCCCGAGAAGAGCACAUAUCAUUGCCAGGAAAUGGUGGCGCUGUAUAGUUCCCAUCCGGAAGUCGCUGACAUGCUGAGGGCCAGAGAGGUCAUCAUGGGCAUCGAUCCCUCAGCCACGCCGUCCCCUGAUCCCAACACAGACGCCACCACCACCCUCCGCAGCGUCUCCACCACCCCCCGCAGCGUCUCCCCCUCCUCUCAGAGACCUCCCUUCCCCAGGACCCCGCGCGAAGCCUACGAGCGCGCGGCCCGCAGCCUCGCAGUCAUCCUAUGCUUUCCCCCACCGCCAUCGCCCGGCGACGCGACCGCAGCAGCGCCGAUGCAACCCGACUUUGAGCGCUUCUUCUUCUCCUUCCCCAUCCUGCUAAGCGGGCCGUUCCUCGGCCUCGCCCGUGCCGGCGACGCGCGGGCGCUCGUCGUGCUGUUUCACUUCUACCGGGCGGCUCGCGUUCUGCUCACCUCCCGGGAGUCGUGGUGGGCGAGGGAGCGGAGCCACGUGCUCGAGGGGUUGAUACUGCAGGAACUGAAGCGUCGGGGACUGGAUGUUUGUUUGAGGCGAUGAGGUAAAGACAUGGUUGUGGGAAUGUGGGCAUUUCAACACUAAUCUGCCAAUAUACUAUGCAUACAAUGCAAUGCGUGUAAGUUAAGCAAUGAAUCGCCGUUAAAUUUUUUUUCAAGGUAUCUAGCUGGAGAGAUAACCUGCAUGGCCAAACGUUUUCUUU